AUGUUUUUCAGGAAUAGUUGCAAAGGGUUCAAAGGAGCGUGGCGUACCUCGCGAGUUUCUGUAAUAAGUAAGGACCCUGUCGUCAGCAACGAGCAGAAAGCUGAUGCUUUCUGGAAGCGGAUUGUCGACUACUUCAACGCAAGCCCUCACCUGGUUGGGACAAUACCGAGAGAGCUUGGUCCUUGCAAGCAGAGGUGGGCUAGGAUUAACGAGCAAGUAUCCAAGUUUGCUGGAUGCUAUGAUGCGGCUCUGAGGGAGCAGAGAAGUGGUCAAAAUGAUGAUGAUGUGAUGAAAGCUGCGUUAGACAUAUUCUUCAAUAAUAACGACUACAAGUUCACCCUGGAUCACUGCUGGAGGGAGCUGAGGCAUGACCAGAAAUGGUCCUCUACCUAUCUGGCUAAGGACGGAGGAAAGGAAAAGCGCAAACAAGUGUUUGAGGGUGAUAGAGAAGAAGAGAAAGUGGGAGAAGCAGAGGGUAGACUUAUCGGGGUAAAGGCUGCGGAAGCUGGUAAUAAGAAGAAGAAGAGUGGUAGAGAAGAGGAGUUGUCAUAG